AGUGUCCGUACGGGAGUGUGCUCCACCUACAGGAAAAUUUUUCGGUUUACUUUUCGAACCACUGGUGGGAGGAGUGUUUUCUAAGGGGGCCCGUUCUUCAAAAUUCGUGGGAGUGAAACAUGUGAGCAGAUUUCUUUGAGAAGUGAGAACUUUCAGGACUUGAUGAAGCUUUUCUCUUCUACGGCAGCUAUCAUGUUCGGACAAAUACUUUUCUAAGCCUAAUUGCAUGAAAUCCUCAGGUGUGUUGUUGUGGUUUUGAGGGGCCCCGCCUUUUGUUUGUGGUGUAGUGCGCUCAUAUCAAAAUGCCUCGUAAAAACGCACCGUACUUAUGGGCGUUUUUGUUGGUAAUUGUGAACCUUCAGAAGGCCGUUUUCUGCAGAACUACGGAAUUUGGUGGUUAUGUUUCGGGCCGAGUUGUUUUGGAUCCUUUGGAUUCACCGUUUGAAGUCCGAAAAGAUGUAAUUAUUGAAGGUGGUGCGAGCUUGAUAAUUAGACCUGGAGUGGAGUUACGAUUUGCUCCUGGAAUUGGAAUAUCAGUGAUGAAAGAUGGAAUUUUGGAGGCGAAAGGUGAAAUCGACCGUAAGAUCACUUUCACUCGUCUGGUGGAUCGUCAGUUCUCAUUUUCUGAUUCUGAUGGACGAUUAUCUGAGUGGCCGGACGUUCGUCUCGUCGAUGGGCAUUCAGUUCUGGAAGGGCGACUUCAGAUGUUCUACAAAGGAAAAUGGAGAUCCGUUUGCACUAACUCCAAAAACUGGACUGCCGAAAGCUUGCAUGUCAUGUGCCGACAACUGGGGUUCACUGGAGGCCAUCUCUAUAAUUGGUUCCCACGAAACAAUGAUUCUAGUCAACUCAUGUACGAGGAUCCGCGCUGCGCUGGUUCUGAAUCCUCUCUAACAGAUUGCCCGAACUGGAAAUCCAGGCAGCUUGGAAGCGGAGUUUGUGAUUUUCAUGCUGACAUUGGCAUUAAGUGCGACAAUUACUUAGGAAGUCAAAAAUCCUCGAACUGGAAAGGCAUACACUUCUAUUAUGGAAAAGCCAAACUACGAGAACCUAUCGAAAAUAAAGUUAGCCGGCACUAUUCCUUAUCAGUGCUGGAAUAUGUCAACAUCUUCCAUGCUGGCAGGGAUACAUACGGAAAAGCUGUGCCUGCCCUUGAAGUUAUUGGCCAGCCUCCUAUCAUGAACAACUUAAAUCUUAGAUACUCUGCUUUUGAUGGAAUUAAUCUGUACAAGCCUGAUGACACUUUUGUAAUUGAAAACAGCAUAGUGGCCGAUAACAGGGGUCAUGGCAUUUACGUGAACAGCAGUAUCAGUCAAGUAACCUUGAGUGGAGUGAAAGUUCGGGGCAACGGAGGCGAUGGUGUUCACUUUUGGCACCACGACAGUUAUGGCACUGCCCCGUCUUUUUGUGAUACAGGUAAUAUCGGCGAGGAACAGAUCUAUCCCGUGAGGCGAAGCCAUAUUCAGAGACGAGAGCAGCGUUAUGUACAAGCCUGUGAACAGGUUUUUGAAGUGGCUGGCUGGACAGGCAAAGUUCUAACCGUCAAUUUCAUGGGAUUUUCCAGUGACGUAGCAGACCCAACUCAUGCUUCCCGAAUUGACGUAUAUGAUGGACCGACUGACAGUAGUAGACUUCUGGCAUCUGUUCCAAUAAUCAAUAACACGUUUCCUGAAAGUGUCACAAGUACAAGACAGAAAGUUUUACUUAAAUACAGACCCAGAAUUCAUUAUGAUGCCUCUUUUGUUGUUGAAAUUGUUGCUAACCUAGGAAAAGCAUAUGAUUUGAAUAUCACCAAUUCUGAAAUUUCCCGUAACCAAGGAAAAGGAAUAGCAAUUUACGAACAGAAGUCUGGGACACUGGUGAAUGCUUCACAUAUAAUCGAAAACGGUUAUUUAGCUGGCUUACAUGUUGCCACCGGAAGUGGGGAUGUACUCAUUAACAGCACUUUUAUCACUGGCAAUGAAGGUGGUGGAGUUAAUUUAACUCAUGCAGGUGGUUUUGUCCACAUCGAUCGAUCCUCCAUUGCUAACAAUAAUGGUAGAGGCGUUGCAUUUUGGUUCAAUGAAACUUCUGAGCACAUUACUUUCAAUCAUACUAUUCAUAUUACUCGUUCUGAACUAGUGAACAAUACCUUGUAUGGCAUCCUCAUGGGAAAUCAGUGUUUGGCAGAUUCCUUUUGGAAUAUCAGUUUGAAUUCGUUUCGUAACAGCAGGGACAGCGCUAUCUAUGUUUCUCCUUGCUGGUCAUUGAACAAAAAAAUCGCCCAAAGUAUUGUGCUAGUGACACAUAACCAAUUUUUAGACAGUGAUUAUUUAGCGUUAGAAGCAUCUCCUGUACUUCAUACUCAUUUAUUGGUGGAACAUAAUGAAUUUCGAGGGCAUGAGAGAGGAGUCAUUUACGUCAGUGGACUUGAUGAUGAUGACUUUUCCAACGUCCCAGCCAAAGUAGAGAUUCGGCACAAUUACUUUGCUUUUAAUAAUGGUAAAUUUGUCGCCAAUAUAGGAGUAGGAAAAGAAACAUAUGUUCAAGAGUUAUUUUUCUAUAAAAAUGAGCUUGAAAGAAAUUCCAUUCGUGAAGCAUAUCAUGGAUUAAAUCCUCGAUCUCGAGUUUGUGCUGUAGUUGUGGUAUCUUCCCAGAACACCUAUGUUUAUAGAAAUAUGUUUAAUAACCCUGAAUCAGCAUACCAACUUGGCUCUCAUGUAGAAAAACACCAAAUCGUGAUUAAUGCAACUUAUAAUUACUGGGGAAGUGUUAGAGUAAAGGAAGUUUAUGAAAGGAUAUUUGACAGGAAAGAUCGCUACAACUUGGCCCGUGUGGAAUUCUUGCCUUUCUUAACUAUUUCAUCAGAUCUUGAUAACUCAGGUGCCAUAUCUGAUUCUCAUGAAAGAGAUAAGAUUAUUCCAUUUCAGAAUGGAUCAGAGAUCGGUGGUGAAGUACCAGGUUCUAUAUUUUUACCCAGAGGCACAUAUACUGUUACAAGAGAUAUUUACGUAAGACCUGGAAAUGGAAGGCUCCACAUAGAACCUGGUGCCAUACUUAAGUUUGAUAGAUCAGUUGGCAUGAUGGUUCAGGGUACAUUGAUAAGCGAGAGUGAUCUCGAAUCACAACCUAUUUUGUAUACAAUCAAUGAUCAUGCAACAGUUGGGCAGGACAAAGCCAAGAUCAGGUUAUCAAGAGAUACUGAAGGUUUAUUGGAAGUGCAUAUUAAUGGUAUGUGGGGAAGUGUUUGCGAUUAUGGCUGGGAUAUUGUGGAUGCAUCCAUUGCUUGUAACCAGAUGGGCUUAGUAUUGCAUCCUGAAGACUGGUUAAUGGAGCAAUCUGAAUUUGACAGUUCCCAUUAUGAAAUACUUCUUUCCAAUGUCCAGUGUACAUUACAAGAUACAGAUAUUACUCUAUGCAAAGCAGAAACGGAUUUCGAGAAUUCUUGCACUUCCAAAGUUGGAUUACGAUGCUACAAUCCUUCAUGGUCAGGCCUCAGACUUGGAAUGGCAGCUGGUGAAAGUCGUUUGAGGAAUAUCAUUGUUGAACAUGCUGGUCUGUUGGAUUUUGCUACAAACAUUUUCAAACCUGCCCUCCAGAUUGAUUUCAAUAGGCAUGUUUUAGAGAAACUUAAAAUCCGUAACAACAUUGAUUCUGGCGUUGGCAUCAUGUGGAACGAAGUAUUUGUUUCUGAAAGCAGGAAAUUGACUGAUAGUGAAUUUCUAAAUAAUCAUCGUCAUGGCCUAGUUAUACAUACGCAAGGUUUAAAUAUUUACAGAUGUGAAAUGACAAACAACGAUGGCAGUGGAAUACAUUACAAUCCAAUGUUUUCAAAAUUAGAGCAAAGAGAUCUUAUUUCAUGGGUGAAUUUGGAAGAGCGCAACAAAAUAAUACGAAUUCCUGAUGAUAUUUCUGGAAAUAUUUUCUUGCGCUCCGAUGAACAUCGAUACUUUGUUUUCACUAAAACAAAGACUCCGAAAAAAUUUAGCAUAACCACAACAAGUGGACGUAGUAUUGGAGUAGUUGUUUUAAAUUCUUUCAAAGAGACAUCUUCUGAAAAUCUGGCCUUCUAUGGAAGAUUGGAAAUUACUCCUGAUGCACCUCGAUGGGAUGUUCGGAACAAUUUAACUGCAUUUCCUCUGAGGACCCCUGGGUAUGGAAUGUUGGUUGAUUACCAGCCAGGACUAGCUCCAAAUGGCCAAGCCAUCAUAUACGUUGCAUCUGUUGAUGGUCAGAGAAACAAGCCUGUAUGGGAAACUCAUCCAAAGAUCCAUAUAGAUUCCAUUAAUAUCAAAGGCUGCAAGAGAGGAAUAUCAAGUCAUCAUUUUAACCGAGAUAUUAGUGACUAUGGUGACCAUUUUCACCGUUAUUCUAAUGAAACUAUUCUAAUUACGAAUACAAACAUUUCUGAAAGUAAGGCCGAAGCUGUAUAUGUCUGGGCGCCAUUUUGGGAUCCAUUCAUCAAAAAUCUUGCUGAGAUCAACUACACUUUCAUCAAUUGCAACAUUAAAAAUAACAGAAAAGGACUGCUGCAUUACAGUAGAGACAUUCGAAAUUCAAACAACCUCUUUCACUGGACCAUUAAUACUACUGUUUUUGAAUUCAAUGAAGAAGGUGGUGUAGAUAUAAGACUCCCAUAUGUAUGGCAGUAUAACGAAAAUUACACUCAUUCUUUUUCGAUGCACGAUUGCGCUUUGAGAAACAAUCGGAAAUUCGAGUUUUCCAUCGGCGGACAUUUUGCUCGUGUGAACAUAUCUCGUUGCCUAUUCCAGAACAAUAUUUGCAAACGCGGUAUUCUUAGUUUCUCUGGAAUGGAAAAAGAACUUUUGAUCGAAAGCAAUAAUAUCAAAGAUAACUCCGCUGUUUUUGGCAUUGAGUUCAAUCUACAGAGCCAUGCAAAUCAAUUUGGAUUAGUUCCAGCCUAUUUUCGGAAGAAUAUAGUGACAAACAACCGAGAUAUUGGAGCAGGACAGAAGUUUGGGUAUCAACCGACCAGUUACGCCCUCGGUAUUAGAGGAGUUCAACUCAUAAACAUCACCAGGAACAUUUUUGAAAACCGAAAUCUUCAGUUCGAGCUCUUAACUGGCGUUUUAACUGGAUCUAUUGAUAAUAAAAUAAAUGUUGGAAGUAACUGGUGGGGAACAACGGAAGUAAAUGAAAUUCAAAAAAGAAUAUUUGAUUUUGAUGAUUGGAAUGGAUAUGCCAUUGCCGAUUUCAAUCCUUAUUUGAAAACUUCAAAUAUUGAUAGUGGUGUUACAUAUUUUAAUAAUAGGGACCAGUUGGUAUUUAAUGAUGGAUUGAUUGGCGGACGUCUGUACAAUAAUCUAAAAUUAUCGCGCCGAUCGGAUCCCUAUAUUGUAUCUUCAGAUUUAACCAUAAUGCCUGGUGUUACAUUGUUCAUAGAUCCGGGUGUUGUGAUUGAAUUUUAUCCAAGUGUUGGAAUACUUGUCCUCGGUGAUCUGGUUGCUGAAGGCACAAAAGAAGAUCCUGUUAUAAUGAAACCAGUUAAAAUAGUCGAUGAAACGCAAUUUCGCAGACAAGCAGAAUCUCGUUCGUCCCGUUUAUGCGUUGAUGUUAAAUGUGAAAAUCCACGAAGUGAUGGCUUUCUUGAAAUCUAUAAUGAUACUACGAAGCAAUGGGUCCCGAUAUGUGAUGCUAGAUUUACAGAAAGAAACGCUCAAGUAGUUUGCAAAGAACUGGGGUACAGUACAUUAAAUGUCUACACAGCCCUUGGUCCCAGACUUGAUAUGGGCCCGACUCAAACUAGUCACAUUCGAUCAUGGCCUCAUUCCUUAGAAUGCGUCGGAGCAGAAUCUGCAUUAUCUGACUGUGAAUAUCGUUUGAAUGGCUAUGUAGACAAUUAUAAGUGCCCUUAUGAUCGGGACUUUGUUUAUGUAUAUUGUGGAUCAGAGGCAUUACCUAAAAAUGAAGACCACUGGGGAGGCAUCAGAUUCUCCAUUCGAAGUUUCGAAACUGUUGAUUCUCCUUUGAGCAGACCCACCCUCAGUUAUGUUUCUACAGAAUCCUCCCGGUUAGAAAAUGUCCUUAUCAUAGGGGCUGGCAUACUUCAUAAUGAAAAAAGUGCUGCCAUUCAACUAGUUCAGCGGGAAGUUCAGAUGGAUUACAUUACUGUGACUAAUAGCGCAUCUCAUGGAAUUGAAGUGAUUGGUGUUUCAGGCAGUUUAGCUUUUAAUGAUAUUAUUAUUAAGGAUAAUAUGGGAGUCGGUGUGAAUUUCCUAUCAUUGACUGGUGAAUCCUCUGGAGAUGCAGAUGUGAAAAAACUUGGCUAUGAUCCCUUGCGAAAAGUUGACAUUUCCUAUGGAGUAUUCGGUAUGGUAGAUAUGUGUGAUACCAACAAACAGAUGGAAAUCGAUAAUAGAAUUCUUUUAUAUUAUAAAUAUGAUAAUCAGCCGGUAGAUUGUGUGAAGAUAUUUAGUUCACGCCAUUACGGGAAGCAAAUAGGAUUUAGGCUUCUGCAAUUCAACUUGUUUGAUGGCUCUAAAUAUGCUGCCCAGCCAGACUCCAUAAAAAUCUAUGAUGGUGAUGUAUUUAACCAAACAUCGCCUGAGUUAAGUACUAUUGGAUGGCAUUUAGGAGUUGAGAAUAUAACGAAAUUUUACGUAUCUUCGGAAGUUACUUUAAGUGUUAUUCUUCAUACAGUUGGUGGUAGCGGAGAUUAUGGAUUUAUUGCUGAAGUUGUUACCCUUCCAAUAUCACAUCCAACAGUUCGUGAUUCCCAACAUAAUAUUUCCUACUCCCAAAUCUCAAAUAAUGGGAAAGAAGGUAUAUCUUACAGAAGUGCAGGAGAAAUCACGCCAGCAAUAACAUUGAGAUACAAUCGAAUUGAUAAUAACGGCCGCGAGUUAUUUGGAAACUUCACUCUCGGAGACAGCGCCAUUUUAUUGGACCUACAAAAUGCAAAACUGCUGUAUUUUUACAACAAUCUGAUAAUGAAGAAUCAGGGCGGACUUCAGUUGAACGUUGACUCAAGAACAGCUGUUUCAGCUCUUAAAGGAAUGAUUGUGAAUAAUUUGUUUACAGAGAACAGAAACAGAGAAGUGCUGAAACUACAAGGGAGAAAAUCUGGUGCGUUUCAGUUUAUAACGGUUUUGCGGAACUAUUUUAAUAGAAAUUAUGCUCAAUAUAGAGACACCAUUGUUAUAUCGCAGGUUGUUUCCAAUUUGACUGAAAAUAUGGCUUACAACAAUACCGGCAUGCAUAUUCUUGACGUGCAAGGAUUUGAAAGAAUGCCGCUGUCUUAUCAGACAUGUGAAAGAAAUUGGUUUUGGAGAAACAUUGCCACUGAUUACUGGGAUAAAAGUACAAUAAUUGCUGGUAAAGCAGGCCAAAGAUUCAACUAUAACUAUUUACUUAACCCGGAAAAUGACUUUGAAUUGGCUGCCAAGAAUCGUACUUAUUUAAAUAACCGAGAACCUCCUAUCAAUGCCAAAAUGAAUUGGUGGGGAUUUAAUGGUACUGCUGCUGUCUCUGGACGUAUCAAAGAUUAUUACGAUUUCGAAGAACUCCUUGAAGUUGAAUUUCAGCCUUUCCUGCAUGAUAACUCAACAGUCCUAAGUGGUAAAUGCGCUGGAGGGUGGACUAAAAUCGGAGACACUUGUUUCUUAUAUGUGGGAGGAGUAAUGACAUUUGCAGAAGCAAAGAAGUUUUGUGAGAUGGACAAUGCUUCAAUGCCUUACAUAAAAACAAAGCAUGCUGAAUUAAUGGAAUUUGUCAAAGAGCAACAAUAUUACUAUCAGCAUUAUUCUGACCGAUUCUGGAUCAGGUCUCUAGAUAUAUCUCCUCGUGAAUGUGCGGUUCUAGUUAACAGAAAAGUUGUCAAGCAUCCUUGUGACGAAUAUUUUCCAUUUUUAUGUGAAAGAGAUCCUGAAAUCACCGUAUCCACUAGAUUAUGGUUUAUGGAGCCUCUGACAAUAGCUUUCCUUGGAGUAACUGCCUUUGCUCUUAUAUUUGUUGUUCUGUGUGUUGGAUUCUGGCUUUGCAAAUCGCGCCAAAGAUACAGAGAAAAGCUGGAACGUCGCAACUCCAUCCGAGCAUCCAUUAGAUCCAACCGCUCUCUGACGGGAUUUUCAGAAUUAGGAUACAAGAGAAGAAUCGAAAGAGCUUUUGAAACCGAAUCGGAGCCUAAACCAGCACCGAUGAAAAUGAAUGGAAGUUUAGAUUCGGUUGAAAAAUCAGCUUCAAGAUUUAGUUGUUCAUUAGAUGAUAGUUACGAAAAUACUUUGGGAGACACAAGUUCCUCUAGAGUUCCAAAUGGGGAUUUCUCUGGUUUUGGAGGGUUCCGUCCAGAUGCUCAACACGAAAACAGAACAGCUGAUUUAAUGGCCCGCCCAACUUUUGACUUGACCUACGAAAAUCAAUGUUUUGUGGACCGUUCCGUAUCUCGUAAUUCCAAUGACAUAUCUCGAGACUGGAGUUCUUCCACAGGUUCAACCCUGGACAUGAAACGUUCCCUCGAAAGAGAAACUAAAGAGCAACCGUAUCAUGUGGGUCCAUAUCGUCAAACGCCCUCACCACCCUUGACUGUCGAGUCGAAUGGGGGCAGUAGUCGGAGCAGUAAUCGAGCUCCGCCUUUAGAAACUGCCAUGUAACUAAACAUUGAAUCAUUAUCAGUCAAUCUUAUGUUCCUACAAGCAUACUUUCUGUACAUUACAAGCAAGCUGUGCUUGCGUGAAUUGUCUUUCAUUAAGCUGGACUUAAUGCAAGCCAGUAUCAUCAAAUUAUUUUGACAAGUUGUGGUGGCUCUAGUGAUGAAUUCAAGUAUUAUAGCUAAUAUGAUGCUAUAUUUAAGCGAAAUAAGAGUAAUGAAUUUUAGGAAUUACAACUAUAUAGAUAAAAGUUCAUAAAAAGAUCAACAUAAAAAUUAAUAUUUUAAUGUUACAUUUGUAAAUUUGUUUCAGUUUGUCAGUGAUUUGAUUCAUUCAGUGUGGCUGUAACUCAGCUUUGAUAACAAUUAUAUAUCUUCAAAACCAUUUCAAGCUUAAAAAAAAAAUACUUUAUACAAGAUACUAAAUACCAAAUUUAAGAAAAUUGUUAAUUUAAUCAAUAUUAAUGAUCGCAAUUAUUGAUCUGCAAGAUUUAAUAGUAGUUAAGUUAAUGCAAUUAGAUGUAGACAUGAUUUAGAUUUUCUAUUCAGAUUUAUCAUGAUCAAACUACUUUUUAAGUUAAAAAAUAAAGAAUGGGCAAGCAUCAAGCCACCACACAAACAUAGGAUAAACAUUACUUCUGGAAAUGAUAGACUGCAAUAAAAGAGACUGAUAAUUUUACUAACUCCCCAGGUGCCAAGAAAUGCCUUAUUUUAUAUUGUCUUUGAAAAGGAGCUACAUUCUGUUAUUUUUUGUGAAACAAAAAUGUUAUGUGUGCAGAUCAGCUGGUACAUAUCAUUUGGAUUAUCAGUGUUAAGUGUGAAUAUUAUCAAGAACUUGCUUAAAAUCCCAGUGAAUUUUUUAGUGAGAAAUAACUUUUAUAUAAGUGCCUUCUCUGUUUGUAUGUUGCUCAAAAGAAAAGGAAAAAAAAAAAAAAAAAAAAAAAUGUUUGAAUAUAGCUUUUUUAUGUGCAAUAUGCACAGAUGAGUCAUACAUUUUUGAUAAGUAGAAUAGAGAAGUAAUCAAAAUAUUUGUUUACAUUCCAUAUUUAAUUUUCUUACUAUUUCAUUGUAAAUAAUCAUGAAAUUAUUAGCAUGAAAGACACUGCCUUUUGAAAUGCCCCAUAAGAUAGAUUUUCAUAACUCAUAUUUUUUUAAUUGAAUAUCAUGAAAUAUAUUUUAUAUCAUUUUUAGCUUUAUUUCUUAAGACUAUUUACAUAAUUGUAGACACAGGAAUGUAUAAAGAAAUGGUACUGAAAUAAAUAUAAUAGAAAUAAUUGAUAUAGAGAAUGCUUCAAACCUCCAAUAAUUUAUUUUAAUUAGAAAAAUAAAUGUUGAGAAAUGAAUACUUAAUGGGUAUAUAAUAAAUUAUUCUCUAAAAUUUCUUUUGUUUAGCAUUAAUAUCCUAAUGAACACAAGUCAAUUCAUUUUGAAAUAUUUAAGAUUACAUAGAAAAAUAAAUUGGAUAUAUUUUGUAUAUGCAUUAUUUAAAUAAGACUGAAAAUGUUCAAUUGUCUGGAACCAACUACAGAUGGACCAUCAAACAAAUUUUUUAUCCUAAGUACCAUAAAAUCUAGUUCUAUUCCUGCAAUUUUGCUUUUACAUUACUUAGCUUAAUUAUGUAUGUAUAUAAUUUCUAUUUAAAGUGGCAAUGUAUUGUACAUAUUUUAAAAUUUUUAUUUAAAAUAAAAAUUUACCUUUUUAAAAUGU